CGGAAAGGGCUGCUGAGGCCGUUCGCGCGACGCCUCGCGGUCUUGGCGGCGUAGGAUGGCUCCAGCCCGCGCGGGAGCUGGAGCCCCACCCAGGGCGGAGCACGCCGUGGGCCGUGGUGAGCGCUGAGCGCCGCCGCCCGCCUACCGCGCCGGCGCCGCGCAAUGUGCUCCGGAAACCGGAGCGGCGGCAGAGACUACUGGGAGGGCGGCGGGGGCGCAGGCGCCGAGGGACCGGGGCCGACGGGGACGCUCAGCCCCGCGCCCCUCUUCAGCCCCGGCACCUACGAGCGCCUAGCGGGCCUGAUCGGCUCCAUCGGACUGCUGGGUGCUGGCAACAACGUGCUCGUGCUCAUCCUGUACUACAGGUUCCAGCGGCUCCGCACUCCCACCCACCUCUUCCUGGUCAGCAUCAGCUUCAGCGACCUUCUGGUGUCCCUCUUCGGAGUCACCUUUACCUUCAUAUCCUGCCUGAGGAAUGGCUGGGCCUGGGACACCGUAGGCUGCGUGUGGGACGGGUUCAGCAGCAGCCUCUUCGAGAAGAGUUCUAGUCACAAAUGCAUAUGUGAUGCAUUUUGACAUUUACUGCUCAGAUGAAAUGCAGAAAUGAA